ACCCCGUUGACUUCGACCGUACUGGCAUUCGGUGUUUAGUCUGGCGAAUCGGUGGUACCGUCAUGAAGAUCUUAACCACUUUUACGUCAGUAGCCCUUCUGGCCAUUCUUGCUGGAGGGCAACAAACAGAGACUACCAUCAAUAUUCUGCAAGAAAUUUAUCAGAGAUGCGCAGAUAGCGAGUCUAUGUUAUCUUGUGUUAAACCGAAAGUGUUGGCUUACAUCACCGAUGCCGUGAAACAAAACAGAUUAGCAAUUACGGAGGAUUUAGCGAUAGUUAAAUCCCGUGACGCGCCAGAGCACGAGACGGAGGAUUACUCUCCCUCACAAUACGACGAUGCAGAUCCAUCCAAGAGAAAACUCCUGCGAACAUUAAUGCUUGAAAAAUUAGAUGCGUAUUUGUCAAGCCAUCAGCUUGAAGCUAAACUACCAGCAGCGAUUGUGGGCUCCAACAUUGUCCCCAGAUCCUUAGUUGACAGCAUGCCAAAGAGUCUUACAAUUCCUCUUAAUGAUUCUUCUAAUGGACAAGGUCGCGGUUUUGUCAAAAAGGUGAUGAUACCGUUUUUACUUGGUCUCAAGUUUAAAGCUACUGCUUUGGUACCUCUUGCUCUCGCCCUCAUCGCCAUGAAAACGUGGAAAGCACUGACUUUGGGUCUUUUAUCGUUAGUCCUCAGCGGAGCGAUGAUGAUUUUCAAGUUGACUAAACCGAAAAUCGCUUACGAAGUUGUUCACUACGGGCACUCUGCACCUAUUGAACAUCCCCCUCAUUGGGACAACGCACCCCACGGACCUUAUAGGGCCUAUAGAAAAUAAAAAACCAUAUGUACAAGAUUGAUCGAUUUAUCGCUUAUGUAGAUUUAUUUAAUAUUUAUUCAUUGUUAGUGUUCCACCUGCAUUAUUUAUGUAUAAUAAAAAUUUUUCAUUAAUUCAUCAAAUAAACUUUGUCGAUUUAUCUUAA